AUGUCUCUCGAAACCCUCACUCUCUGGACCCUCCCGGGCCAUGCCGGCACGCCCAACCCCCGGAAGGUCCUCAUGAUCCUGGAAGAGCUCAAGGUUCCCUACGAGCGCAAGUUUGUCGAUCUCGCCGACCUAAAGAAGGAGCAAUAUGAGUCUAUCAAUCCUAACGGUCGAGUUCCAGCCCUCGAGGAUCCGAACACCGGCGUCACCAUCUGGGAAUCCGGCGCCAUCCUUGAGUACCUAGUGGAGACAUACGACAGGCAACACACCAUCAGCUUCACCGCCGGCUCGAAGGACCAGGGUCCGUACUUCGGGCAGGCUGCCUGGUUUACGAUCUACCACCCUGAGAAGGUACCCAGUGCGGUCGAGCGCUAUGUUAACGAGAUCCGUCGUGUUUCGGGCGUGCUCAACCGAUCGCUCCAGAACAAGGAGUAUCUCGUUGGCGGCAAGUACAGCUACGUCGAUGCUGCUUUUGUGCCCUGGUUCGAGGUGGCUGCACUCUUCUGGUCGAAGGAAAUGGAUCUCGAGAGGAACUUCCCGCAUGUUAAUUCCUGGUUGAACCGUAUCAAGGCUCGCCCGGCUGUUGCCAAGACCAUUGAGGAUAAGGAAAAGGCCGCGGCUGCGGAAGGGAAAUAA